GCCCCGGGGGGCUGGGGGAGGGGGCUGUCUAGGAAUCGGGGCUGCAGGGGGAAGGCCAGGCAGAGAAGGAGAAUGAGGUGGGCGCCUUCAGGGCAGGCAGCGCCCAGAAACCACACAGCCCCAAGCAGUAGCCCUGACACCCCGGGGAGGGCGUUCGCCUCUCAAGGGCCUCCUGCAGCCUCUGAGGCUCGGGAGUCCCAGGGACAUUGGGGAUCUUUGAGAGUCCCCCUCCUGUGUGGCAGGCCCUGGCGUUCUGGCAGUUCCUGACCCCCAAGCCGUCCUCCACUUCCAGCUCCUGCUCUGUCUCCUGUGGGUGGGGGCGUCCCCUUUGUCCCUCCACCACCCUCACCAGCAGCUGUCCAGGCCGGGAAGGGUGGGGAGGGAACACCCAGCAGGCAGCAUCCCAAGCGUGGUGAGAUGGCGCCCACUGCUCUCACGCACUAGGGGCACGCCCCUCUUUCCAUCGGGUGCUGAGCUCCUGCAGCUGUGGGGCCGGCCCUGGGGUGAACACCAGGGAGGGAUCGGCCUGGACAGCCACAGGAGGCUGGGCAGCUGCAUCCCCGCUUCCUGCAGACCCGAAGCUCCUGAUGUGGUAUUGGCGUUGGAUGGAGGCCUGGAGAUCUUCUGGAAGGUGGGGUGUGCUGGUCGGCAGGUGAGCUGUGAACCGAGCUGUGAGGAACCUGGACUCGCCUGGCCUGGAGAUGGCUGGAAACUGCUCCUGGGAGGCCCAUCCCACCAACAGGAAUAAGAUGUGUCCUGGCUUGAGCGACGGCCCGGAGCUCUACAGCCGCGGCUUCCUGACCAUCGAGCAGAUCACCAUGCUGCCGCCGCCGGCCGUCAUGAACUACACCUUCCUGCUCCUGUGUCUGUGCGGCCUGGUGGGCAACGGGCUGGUGCUCUGGUUUUUCGGCUUCUCCAUCAAGAGGAGCCCGUUCUCCAUCUACUUCCUGCACCUGGCCGGCGCCGACGUGGGCUAUCUCUUCAGCAAGGCCGUGCUGUCCAUCCUGAACACCGGGGGCUUCCUGGGCACCUUCGCUGACUACGUCCGCGCCGUGUCCCGGAUCCUGGGCCUCUGCACGUUUGUCGCCGGCGUGAGCCUUCUGCCGGCCAUCAGCUCGGAGCGCUGCCUGUCGGUCGUCUUUCCCACCUGGUACUGGCGCCAGCGGCCCAAGCGCCUGUCGGCCGUGGUGUGCGCCCUGCUCUGGGCCCUGUCACUCCUGGUCACCGGCAUCCACAACUACUUCUGCGUGUUCCUGGGCCGCCAGGCCUCUGGGGCGGCCUGCAGGCACAUGGACAUCUUCCUGGGCAUCCUGCUCUUCCUGGUCUUCUGCCCGCUCAUGGUGCUCCCCUGCCUGGCGCUCAUCGUGUAUGUGGAGUGCCGGGCCCGGCGGCGCCAGCGCUCCGCCAAGCUCAACCACGUCAUCCUGGCCGUGGUCUCCGUGUUCCUGGUGUCCUCCAUCUACCUAGGCAUCGACUGGUUCCUCUUCUGGGCCUUCCAGAUCCCGGCCCCCUUCCCCGAGUACGUCACCGACCUGUGUAUUUGUAUCAACAGCAGCGCCAAGCCCGUCGUCUACUUCCUGGCUGGAAGGGACAAGUCGCAAAGGCUGUGGGAGCCCCUCAGGGUGGUCUUCCAGCGGGCCCUGCGAGAUGGCGCCGAACUGGGGGAGGCUGGGGGUGGCACACCCAACACGGUCACCAUGGAGAUGCAGUGCCCCUCCGGGAACGCCUCCUGAGAGGCAGGCACCUGGAGAGGAGGUCAGGGCUGGAAGCAGCCAGGAGCUCCAGAGACCCUCUGCUGGGGACAGGAACCGGGCAGCCACCCCGGGGCCCGAGUGCAAGGAGAACAGUCUGCUUCCCGCCCUCUGGCCUCCUUUUUCCUGGGCUGGAGGCUCUGUGGGUGGCCAAGAGACCAAGCAUCCACCUGCAAACAGACCCUGUGGUCCUGCAAGGCUCCCCCAGCCACUCUCUUCCGUCAGCGACCCAUUGUACAGAAGUUGUCCCCAAGGGGGUGAGGCUCUCCUCACCACAGGCUGGUCUGGGAAGGAGAGGAGAAAGGUCACCCAGCCCUGUCCACCUCGCGCCCCUUUAAAUCAGCCCUCGUUGAAAAUGACACAGCCAGCAGCACCACCGAUCGGGCCACCCGCUUCCCUGCUGCCACGGAGGUACCUGUUCUCACCAUCCCAUCCUCUCAAGUCAGUGUUAGCGGCAGACCCGAGCAAAACGGUGCUAUCUGGGAGAGGGCUCUGGGCAACCUGACUUGUAGCUCAGUUUUUCUGCAAAUGACAUCCCUGCCCCCAGGAUGAAUCCUAUGGUGACUUAAACGGGUGCAUUUCUAGUCAUGGCGAGCAGCUGGGGAUGGGAGGGGCCUUCAGCCAGCUUGGGCAGGGCCCUCUUUUCUGAUUCCGUGCCAGCCAGCCCCGGCAGCCUCUCGGAGCACAGGGUGCGUCCCCACUGCUGCCUGCCUGGUCCUCAGGCACCUGUAGACCGUCCAGACAGUUUCUGGGCUCCAGCCCCCACCUGAAAGUGGACACUGGCUCCACCUGGCCACCCCAGCCCACCUACAAGCACAGUGGCCCAGCGUAGCCAGAGGAAGUUUUAUGAGAGACAAACAAUGUACAUCAAUAAACGUUUUAUAUCUUA